GUUUGUUUGGUAGCUGGUAAUCAAUCGCAGGGGGACGGGCACAGGAAGCCAAAGCAUACAGCUCUCUAAAAACACAACACUAAUUGCUUUGUUUAAUUUCACUUUUAUUUCAAGUUUUGGAUGCAAUUUCAAACGAAAGGCACAUUUUAAAUAUUGAAUUAAUUGAAGUGUAAACAUGGAUAUUUUGUAUUCAAAGACAGCUGCGAGGAAAGAUAAAUGGGGCUGAAUUGUGAGUUUUCUACAAUGUUUAUUUGAAAACGAAUCGGCGUCAUGUGCAGAAAAUAGUUAAUCGAAAGCGACUGUGGUCAUUGAUACCGAAUAUUGGUUAUAUGAAUCUUGGUAAUUUAUAAAAAUGAUACGGCAGUAUGUCGACCUGACAAGGACAUUAACCGAGUAAAGGGAAUAUCUACUAACAUAAUAUAGACAUUUUUAAACCUGACAUUUAUCAUUUCAUGUCUUUGUUUUGUUAAUCUGCACCGAUUAUACAAGCAAAAGUUCUGUUUUUUAAGUAAACUGUAUUGUCUCACCUUAAUUGUUAAAGAAAAUAUUGUUCUCAAAGUUUAUGUUUAGUAAUGUUGUGCCCAAUUUGCCGUCGAAUUUGAAUGUGUGCUGUUCAGUUUUCUUUGUAUUAUUUAUUUGUAUAACCUUUGCAUGUGUUAUAAUUUGUGUAACCACAUUACACUGAAAAUAAUCGACAGAUUAGCAGAUAUCAGGAUUCAUUUGACAUCCUCAAUGAGAGGAAAAUAAUGCAAACAUUUUGGAAGCUCAUCAGACUCGGUGUAAAAAAUGGAGAUUCGUUGUGGCGGCUUGAUUUUCAGUUCCAGGUUUGACUCUGGGAAUUUGGCACGAGUGGAGCAGGUGGAGCACCCAGUCACAGAUGGGGAAGCAGUUGUUAAUGGGAGCACAACUUCAGUGAUGUUUGGGGGACCCGUUUCCGCCCCAGAUUAUGAGUUUAACAUUUGGACUAAACCGGACUGUGCUGAAACGCAGUUUGAAAACGGCAACAGAUCCUGGUUCUAUUUUAGUGUACGGGGAGGGGCUCCUGGGAAGCUCAUUAAAUUCAAUGUCAUGAAUAUGAACAAACAAAGCAAACUGUACUCCCAGGGUAUGGCUCCCUUUGUUAAGACUCUACCUUUGAAAACACGAUGGGAGCGGAUACGAGACAGACCCACAUUUGAGAUGGUUGAGAAUCAGUUUAUUCUGUCUUUUAACCACCGCUUUUUGGAGAUCCGCGGGGCCACAACAUACUUUUCUUUCUGCUACCCGUUUUCAUAUGCCGAGUGCCAGGACAUGUUGGUACAAUUAGACCAGAAGUUUGCGGGCUCCAAACACCCAACACCUGACUGUCCUGUAGAUGCCAUCUAUUACCAUCGUGAACUGCUGUGUAACUCACUUGAUGGACAUCGUGUUGAUCUCAUUACGGUCACGUCAUGCCAUGGGAUGAUGGAAGAGCAGGAACCAAGGCUAGAAAAACUGUUUCCUGACAACUGCACGCCUCGACCUCGCCAAUUCAGUGGAAAGAGAGUCUUUUUCCUCAGUAGUCGGGUGCAUCCAGGGGAAACUCCUUCCAGUUUUGUGUUCAAUGGAUUUCUAAAUUUCAUUUUGAAGCAAGAUGAUCCUCGAGCUCAAAUGCUGAGGAAAAUGUUUGUCUUCAAGUUGAUACCAAUGCUAAAUCCUGAUGGAGUAGUACGAGGGCACUACAGAACUGACUCUAGAGGUGUGAAUCUCAACCGCCAAUACCUCAAUCCUGAUUUUGAACUUCACCCCUCCAUUUAUGGUGCUAAGUCUGUCAUAAUGUACCACCACCUGCACAAUCGUGUUCGACCUGACUCUCAAGACUGGAGGUCAUUUGUAUCGCCACUCUCUUCAAACUUAAGUACAAAACCUUCAAAUCAUUCCAACAGAAACUGCCCUUUUUCCUCAGAGGUGUCUCUGUCUGAGAAAAGCAACAACCUAAAAAACGAAGAACUGCACGGUGAAGGAGAUUGCAUUCCUCCAAUCCAGGGCUUCGGCCAAACACAAAUUCCAGUGUUGACAGAGAACAGCGGGCAGCUGAUUUCUCAGCUUUUGAUUAAACGAGAAGCCAAUCUGAAGAUGGAGAAUACAGAGAAGAGUGGUAAUGAAGAGCUCAGUUACAAAGAAUGUAAAAAAACAAGAAUCUCUCCUGACCCUCCUGAACAUGUUCUCCCCCGAGAGAGUGGAAUAGCGUACUACGUGGACCUUCACGGGCAUGCAUCAAAACGCGGCUGUUUUAUGUACGGAAACAGCUUGUCUGAAGAAAACGAGCAGGUGGAAAACAUGCUGUAUCCCAAGCUUAUCUCCAUGAAUUCUGCAAAUUUCGACUUUUCGGGCUGCAAUUUCUCUGAGAAGAACAUGUACGCCAAAGACAAGAGGGACGGCCAGUCAAAAGAAGGAAGUGGGCGUGUAGCCAUUCACAAAGCCACAGGCGUGAUCCACAGCUACACACUGGAGUGUAAUUAUAAUACAGGUCGCUCUGUGAAUACAGUCCCAUCUGCUUGCCAUGAUAACGGGAGAGCAAGUCCUCCUCCACCUCCUGCCUUCCCUCCCAAAUACACAAUUGAGUUGUUUGAACAGGUUGGCAGAGCCGUUGCUAUUGCAGCACUAGAUAUGGCUGACUGCAACCCCUGGCCUCGCAUUGUGAUGUCUGAACACAACUCUCUUCCUAACUUGCAUGCAUGGAUGUUGAAGCAUGUGAGAAACAGCUUAAAGAAAAAUGUCACAAAGACGUCUCCAAAGGGCUCUUAUGGGAUGACAACAUCAGUCUCAGAGACUUCAUUCUGCAGGACCAGGAGUAAUAGUAAUGGCACUACCAGUGGGAGCAGCAGCAGUCAGCAGAACUCCCCGCAGCUCAAGUCCUCGACCAGCUUCACAUUCGGCUGCAGCCUGGGUAUGGGAAGGUUUACCUGUCCUGCAGGAAUCAAUCAGAGCCAUCAGAAAGGGGGGCGUAGGGCUCUGGGAGCAGUGAGAGAGUCUAGAGCUCAAGAGAAGAGACGUCCGCACGAGCAGUCAAUGUUAAGAGCCGCUGCAAACAACCCCAGCAGCCAUCAGUGCUCCCCACCCCAUCCUCUGCCUCCCUCCUCUCUCUCCUUGGCUUUUUCCAAGAGCUCCCCCUCCACCCAGAAGCUUUCUGGCCCUGGCCCUGGCCCCUGCUCAAUCCCAGCCUCCUUAAGCAUGGCAGGAUACAGCUGUCCUAAUUUGCAUGCUGGCUCUCCAAAUAGUGGCUUUCUGUUAAAGAAUCGAAUGCAGGAAAACCCACGAAUGACAGAAGUUUCAGGAGGUGGAUGUGUUUCUGUUCAGAAUUCUCAGAAGAAAGGUAAACUCAAAUUCAGAUCUUCAAUGGACUAUACCAGCAUGAAAAUCCUGGCUGGGUGGCAUUGCUUUUUACUCCCUAAAGCUAAAACUACUUUUGUGGAAUGGAAACAAACUGGACUUUCAAGGUCUGAUUUGCAACAGAGGGCCAGUAAAAUCCCAGUAAGAAAAGAUGGCCCAAAGCCUGGCCAGAGCUUGAUGCAUCCAAAUAGUGCAGAUGGGGAGCCGGUCCUGAAAGUAUGGAAACUUGUUCCACCCAAAAAACAACUGUAUCUAACAGAUAUUCAAGUAGAUAGUUCUGCACUGGGCCUCAACUCCAAGGUUUCCCUGAAAUCCAAGGGCACACGAUUCGCUGUCCAUGAGCACAGAGAUCAAAUCUGAUACCUCUGACAAGGAACUUCAAAUAUAACAGUCAUCCCACUUUAUCUGACUGAAGACUGACCUGAAAUCUCAGUGUUCAAUUAGGUAUUGUUUUUAAAUUAACACAGAUUUUUGUGCGAUUUUACUGAGUGAACUCUUGAAGGUGGAAUUGCCUUCAUGGUUGAUAAAGGACUUCUGAGUUCUGCUUCAAAACCAUAAAGUAACUGAGCUUAUAAUGCCACACUGUGAUAAAUAGGAUAGUAUAAUAUGUUUUAGCUUUUGAAAACACAAGAGAGGUUGGCUAAGUACACAGUAGAUAUAUCUACUUUGUUUCAGGUGUCUUUUACUUGACCUAUUGUACAAUGAGGAGUGUACUUUUGCAAUUGAAAAAUGUUCUGUUUUUGCAUACUGUAUUUCGAUAAAUGUAUCAAAAGCAUAAAACAAAGAUUAGACAAAGCAUUUUAGUAUGGUACAGAUUAUGAUCAGUAAUCUGAACAAAUCACUAAUCUGAAGACCUGGUUUUGGAUCAGCAAGACUAUACUGUACUGUAAUGUUUAAAGUGUAGGGUCCUGAAAAACUGGAACACAAUGAUUCAGAUCCGAGAGUAGAUUGUUAAAGCUGUUUAUUGAACAUAAGCAGAGCUCUGGAGAGACAAUAACACAUGUCCAAUGGUGUAGUAAAUUGCAGGUAUGUUAGUAAAGUUGCAAUAACACUAUUAGCAUUUUAACAGUUUGCAUAAGUAACCUUGAAAAUUCUCCACAGGGGUUGCAUCACUCAGUGCUGGCACUUCAUCUAUGUAUCUUUUAUUUAACUAGAAGAGUUUUGCACACAUUCCACACUUUGUAAUCUUCCAUUGCUCUAGCACUCUUUGUACAAGUCAAAUACUGGUAUUUUUCCAUUCUAUGUUUUAUCUCUUUGUUGUGCAUGUGCAGUGAGCCAGAAAAGCAAAUUGGAUCCUACAAAAGUAAGAUACAUUUUGAGCCUAAUUCGCACAUGACUAAAAAUCUGAAUUUUUACUGACAUCUGUGAAGUUUAGUCUCUUGAGAACAGUCCAUUUCUUUUUUUUUAUCCCAGAUCAUUUUGUCAGAGGUCCUCAGGUUUAUUUUCUGUAAAAUUUCUAACUCAGACAUCCUGUGUUUUUUUUUUUAGCCCGGUGUGAAUCACUCAAGGGCCGAAAUGUUUAUUUUAUGUGGUCAAGGUGCUGGUAGCCUUUGGAAAACAAAUGAAAUGAAAAAGCACUCAGUUGAUAGGCUUUGCUCUUAUUCCAUCUUGCACAACUUAUUUACACCCGAUUCAUUCUUAUAAAUCAUGCACAAAAGUGCCACAGCAUCACAUUUCAUUAUGAAUUUACGGACUUUCCUUGGUGAAAACUAGUCCACGACUGGGAGGUUACUAGACAUCCACUGCUUUUGACAAACUCUGAGGACACCCGAUUCCACCAUGUGGAAGUUUAUAAUAGAAAGUGCUGUGUUAGCGUUCCUCAGUGUGAACCAGCUGCAGGUUUUGAAUCCACCCUUGAAAUAACCUACCUGAAUAUACAAUUAAAAUGAAUAGGUAGUAUACCUUGUGAUCUGUAUUUACAGUGUUUCAUGUGAAACCUAAACGAAACAUGGCAUUUAAUUAAAUCUUUUGAGUUUAUUGGCUUUUUUACUUUAGACAUUGCAAUAGCACAUUUGUAUGUACGUUCUGUUCUUGUUGUUGAUUGUUAAUGGCUGUGAGAACACCUCAAUGUUGUUACUUUUCCUUUAAGUACAUACAAAUAAACACUACAGGAUUAGAGAUGGUUUUCUAAAGGUAAUUUAAUACCUUGUGAUGUUUUAUAAAUGUGGUUUGCGUUUUUUUUUUUUUUUUUUUUUUGUAGCUUUGUAGGUAGUUUCUGUAUGUUUCAAUACCUAAAUGAAUAAAUGUAAAGCAAAAUUAGGUUAUACUUUUCAAACUCAAUUUUGUUAUUUAAGAGCAAACCUGAUUACCAGUGAACCCAGAAGAUACUGAAGUUUUGAGAAUAUAAACUGGUCAUAUUUGUACACUUCCCUUUUUCAAAUACUGUAUUUGGAGAUUGCAUUAAAAUCACAAACUGCAAUUUGACAAGUUACAUUUUGUAAAUUUAAGAAAGUGUGUAAUUGAGUUUUAUGCAUGAGUGUUUUCUGUGGGGUGCUGGUGCAAUAAUUUAAGUUUAAAAACUUGAAUCUUGGUUUUUUUUGUACAUUUUGGGGAAAAAAUAAUAACG